GAAGAGAGUGACUGGAUUUCUAAGCUUAAAAUGCUAAACUGUAGGGAGGAUAUGCACUUGAGUUUGCUUGUCUUUGCAAGCACAAAUGAAACCUGACAAUUUUCUGUGCAGAAAAUUGAUUGAAUAUUAUUUGCAGCAGUUAAUUGUUUGCUUUUCUGAGUUCUCGCUACUAGUCUAGCACGUAUUCAAAUAUAUCACGGGGUUCUUACAAUUGUUUUUCUAGUUUCGGUGUGCAACGGUCAUUCAUCUUCAGGACAGUCAAUCAGCUAAUCACCUACAGGUGUAUCAAGAAGCUACCUCUAAGUGUCUUCAGAGUCGGAGCACCAACCAUUUUCUAAGGCGCCUUCUUUUAAUAUUAUGAAUUACUUCUAUGAUUAUUUUUACGAUGAAGCCAAGAGAGAUUCAUUUCUGCUCUUCAUCUGGUUAGCUUGACGCUGACGAGCGCACCAACUAGCUACAUGUAAAAGUGUCCAAAUUUAGCUGAAACCGCAGCUGAGCGAAAACCAAACAACUCCCAACUGUACAAACCAACCGACCACACAGAAAGGCAUCGGAAAUUUCUCGGUCAUGCCAUUCUUACUUUGACACCUUGGCCCUGGUGGGAGCUUUGUACACGGCCAGCAGGGCAGUAAUCCUGCUGAGAGACUGCUGCUCGUUGGUCAGGGUGUAUUUCCUACCAAGAAUGAUACCGAGUAAGAAGCUGACCCAAAGAUAUGGUGACUGGGCUGUCAUUUAUGAUGCAUCAGAGCCUGUUGCUCAAGCGUAUGCAGAGGAGCUGGCCAGGCACGGAGUCAGCAUCAUCUUUGUCACUCAGGACCACACUGCUGUUAGAGACACUGCUGAGUCCCUCUCACAGAGCUAUGGAGUGGAAACUCUUGUCAUCCUAGCUGACUUCUCUCUGGACAAGGCCGCCAGUAAACCCAUCAAAGAAGCCAUGAGGGGUAAAGAUAUCGGUUUCCUGGUGAACUGUCUGGAUGAGUCUUUGAAUUCUUCCCAGAGCCUGAUUGAAAUGCCUGAGCAGAGUCUGUUGGAUUUGGUGAAUAAGAACAUUGCAGCCACUACUCUGAUGACCCGAUUGGUGCUGCCAGGGAUGGUGGCACGCAGCAGAGGAGCUGUGAUUAAUAUAUCAUCAGGUGCUGUCUGCAGACCCUUGCCUGGAAGAGUGACACUCAUCGCCUCCACUGGCUACCUGGAUCAGUUCUCAAGAGCUCUACACUUUGAGUAUAGCAGCAAAGGGAUUUUCAUCCAAAGUCUGAUUCCCUUCCAGAUAGCCUCAAGCAGGCGACAACCAUCAUCAUCCUUAUCAUCAAGAGAAGGAUGGUUUGUACCAAAGCCAGAGGUUUAUGCUCGCCACGCAGUCUCCACCCUGGGAGUGUCUAAUAGGACCACUGGCUACUGGCCACAUACACUGCAGCAUGGGCUAAUGAGGUGUAUUCCAGAGUGGAUCUGGGUUCUCAGCUCUCGUAUGCUCAUUCGUUCAAGCUGAGGUCUCCCUUUCUUCACAAGG